GGCGGUUCUUACGGCGGCGGCGGUGGCUACAGCAACGGAUAUGGAGGCGGAGGCGGAGGGGGACAUGGAGGAGGUGGGGGUUGGGGCGAUGACAAAAUGUCGAACCUUGGAGGUGGUCUGCGCUCAGUGGACUGGAACAGCACGAAGCUGGAGCACUUUGAGAAAAACUUCUACAUCGAAGACAAACGCGUGGCAGCGCUCAGUGACCGUGAAAUCGAAGAGUUCCGGCGGAUAAAGGAGAUCAAAGUCCAAGGCCGCAAUGUUCCUCGGCCUGUUGUGUCCUUUGACCAAGUUGGCUUUCCCGAAUAUCUUAUGAGCUCGAUACGUGCCCAAGGCUUUGAUGCACCCACCCCAAUUCAGUGCCAGGCUUGGCCCAUGGCAUUGACUGGUCGAGAUGUUGUCGCUAUUGCUCAAACUGGAAGCGGAAAAACGAUUUCAUUCGCUCUUCCGGCCAUGUUACACAUCAAUGCUCAGCCAUUGUUGGCCCCUGGUGACGGUCCCAUUGCGCUCGUUCUUGCACCAACCCGAGAACUCGCCGUACAAAUCCAGCAAGAAUGCACAAAGUUUGGAUCAAAUUCUCGUAUUCGUAACACUGCCAUAUAUGGAGGUGCUCCCAAAGGUCCACAAAUUCGCGAUCUACAGAGGGGCGUCGAAAUUGUCAUCGCUACCCCGGGUAGACUCAUCGACAUGCUGGAAACUCAAAAGACAAAUCUUCGACGAGUCACCUAUUUGGUCAUGGAUGAGGCUGAUCGCAUGCUCGACAUGGGUUUCGAACCUCAAAUUCGAAAAAUUGUUAGCCAAAUCCGCCCAGACCGUCAAACUUUGAUGUUCAGCGCAACGUGGCCAAAGGAUGUACAAAAGCUUGCCAAUGACUUUUUACGAGACAUGAUUCAAGUCAACAUUGGUUCGAUGGAGUUGACAGCAAAUCACAAUAUCCAACAAAUUGUGGAGGUUUGCAGUGACUUCGAGAAGCGAAAUAAACUCAUCAAGCACCUCGACCAAAUAAGCGCGGAGAAUGCGAAAGUGCUAAUAUUCGUUGCUACAAAGCGUGUUGCAGAUGAUAUCACGAAAUAUUUGCGUCAGGAUGGAUGGCCAGCGCUUGCCAUCCAUGGGGACAAAGAGCAGCGUGAACGUGACUGGGUUUUAGGCGAGUUCAAGGCUGGUCGUUCACCCAUUCUCAUCGCGACAGAUGUAGCUUCUCGCGGACUUGACGUCAAAGAUGUUGGCUAUGUCAUCAAUUAUGAUUUCCCUAAUAACUGCGAAGAUUACAUUCAUCGUAUUGGACGGACUGGGCGUGCAGGCAUGAAAGGCAUAUCAUAUACCUACUUUACAACGGAUAACGCAAAAUCUGCACGAGAACUCAUUGGCAUUCUUCGGGAAGCAAAGGCCACCGUUCCACCGCAGCUAGAGGAGAUGUCCAUGUACGGUGGCGGUGGAGGCGGACGAGGUCGUUAUGGAGGUGGUGGUCGUGGUGGUCGUGGAGGCGGCGGUGGUGGUGGAAGAUAUGGUGGUGGUGGUGGUGGCGGCGGUGGAUAUGGAGGCGGAGGCGGCGGUGGGUACGGAGGGCGAGGUGGUGGUGGUGAACGGUGGUAG